CACCGCCCCAAAGUCCCGUCCCAGGGCCCAAUAAUGGUCGCCAAACGACACUCCAAAGUCGACGACAGCCUCACUGCAUUCAAGCCGCGGGCUGGCACCAACCCCCGAUCGCGGGCGGGGUGUCUGACCUGCAAGGCCAAACACACAAAAUGCGACGAGACGAGGCCCGAAUGCCUCCGGUGCACGCGCAAGGGCAUCAAGUGCGGCGGCUACUGGCGGGAGUUCAAGUGGUCCUUCAAGCAUCAGCCGGGCUCCAAGGACGCAGCGGUUGAAGGCCCCGAUGCAAAUCCCGAUGAAAAUCCCGCAGAGGGUGUGUUUCUUAUCACGGAGCAGGGCGCGCCAGCCUCACUUCCUCGGCGGCCCCGUGAUAGUGAAUCUUUCUCGCCCGAUAACACCUUAGCGUCAGUUUCAAGUGCAACAGACAACGAGAACAGCGAGGCCAUCAUUAUCCCCGUCUCGGGAGGCUCCGGAGAGUCCGUCAGCCCCCGCCAGAAGACUGCGCGCCGGACAUCCGUCCCACGGCCCGCUUCAAGGAGAGCGUCAUCCUCGCGGUUCUGCCGAGACGCGGAGCACGAUGUAUCCACAUCCAGCCUCAUAACCUCGGACCGGUUUCCCGGGGGACCCACGUUUGUGCCAGCCUCCAUCACGGACACUUCGUCGCUGCUCAUAAGCAACUGGUUCGAACAGGUUUGUCCCGCUUGGUCGGGCUUCGACUCGGCUGCAAACCUCAAUCGACGACUCGCCACAGAGCUGUGGCACGAGUCUCGUUCCGUCUUCAGCUCGCUCCAGAGCAUGUCGGCCGCCUUCUUGUCCACACGGCUUCCGCACAUGCGGCUGCCCGCCGUCAGAUUCAUGCAAACCGCAACCGAGUCCAUCCAAGCCGAGGUCAAGGCAAUCCGGGGCCGCGUUCACCUGGAUACCAUCCCCACUGGUCUUCUUUUCUCCUUGUUUUGCCUGGGCACCACUGUCUGCUGGAUAGACGCGGCCCAGCUAGGCCUGCCCUUCUUCCGGGAGGCUAGAUUGCUCCUGGACCGGUUGAACAGACGGCUGCCAGCUUUGUACGAGAAGGAUGCCGAACUCUUGACCUUUUUCAACAAGAGCUUGACGUACUGUGAGAUGCUUCUUGCAGUAGUAAGCGACGGCGAGCCCUCAACCAGGAUUGAUAAUAUGCAGACACAAGCCAGCAUGGGAAAGGCCGGACCCGAACAACAGGUGAAGAUGAUCGACGUCUGCAGCCCGCACCCGUGGACCGGUAUUUCAACACCCACCUCCCGCCUCUUCGCCCAGUCGAUGCGGCUAUGCCGAAGCUUUCGCCACAAUAUCAGGCAACAGAGACACUCGGGGAGGGAUUUCCAAACUGCGUUGCUGGAGAUACAAGAGGCGCAGAGCCUGGAGGAGCAACUGCUUGGACUCGAGUUCCCGUCGAUACUCAAUACGAAUGACACCGGCGACCACCUAACACCCUAUCUUCACCUGGCCAAGAUUGCCGAAGCCUACCAGCUGGCAUCGUUGCUACAGCUUUACCAGACGUUCCCCGAUUUGGUCUCGCUACGACUGCCGAUUAACUCUGCUAUUUCGAGUGGCGGGCAGAUUUCAUGGGAGGAAUGGAUCAUCCCUCUCAGUCUUCGCCUGGUCAGGGUUCUGGAGCACAUUCCCCCAUCGUCCGGGAGCCGUGCCAUCCAGCCACUACUAUAUAUUUCGGCGAGCACAGGACUCCGAUACGACACCAAGGCUUCCAUGGACACCCUUGAUCUUGGGUGGAAUCUAGACAUGGAAUCAAUGGAGGUGCCAUUCCAGCCUAGUUACGACGAUGGCAGCAGCCCUCUCGAUAUUGAGCCAAUCGACGCCUCCCAGAUGACAGCAAUGGGGCCGGCCUUGAUAUCACGAAUGUCACUCGAUAUUAGCAACGCACGGCAUUUCAUCACGGGCCGGCUCAGCAUGUUGGAAAAUAGCCUACCGCCGAAGCCCAUCAUCAUGGCCAAAACGCUUAUUCAAGCGGUUUGGGACGCGUAUGAUAGCGAAAUGCCGGGAUCAACCACAGUUCACUGGGUUGACGUAAUGGAAGACAAUAAUUUGCGUACCAUGUUUGGAUGACGCCCUGGUUGAAAAGAAUUGUUUUAGCGUUGUCAAAUUGAAUCUUCAUGAACACUAC